ACACGUACAAUAUAUAACUACAGUAACUUCGAUAACAUCAUGCACGAGAAUGCCUGUGUAUAUAAGUGCCGAGAAACGGCGAGGCGCACGACAGAACGUUAGCGGCGCUAGUGCAAUAUGCGUUGCUGAAUCGCCAGUGCCUUUAGUUAAGAAAUAAGGUGUGUACGCUACCUAACCGGAUUCUUCAUUGCGGUUCUCCUUCAGUGCGACGACUGCGGGAAAGCGCGGCUCUAUUUUCUCGUGUACACACUUAUCUCGCCAAUCGAGGAUUGACAGAGAUCUAGAGAGGAACGCGAGUGAAAAUGGCGAGGCAAAUCAAUCACGUCAUACUAAUUGGCACACUGUUGAUCAGUGCAUGUGUCAUUGAGGGGGCAAGCGUUGCAACUUGGGUUAACGAUUUUACGGGCACUCUUAAUCGUAAUCUCAAUGACAUGAUUCAACAAAUUAAUGCACAGGUGGCAUAUUUGACCGACAGUAUUCAAAAAAAUGUUGAAGAAACAAUUCAGAAUCUACCAAAAGAUGCACAAGGAAAUAUAAUCACUAAUGGCAGCAGUAUUAUAAGCAUUAAUAAUGGCAACAAAAUUAUAACCAUAGUUGAUGGUGUAUCAAGAACGAUCACGAGCGGUCGCACACCAAAUGGAGAACCAUAUGUACGCGAUGUCGAGGAGAAACGCAUAGGAGAUAUGCUUUAUCACAAUGAAACUACUUGGAAUCCAGAAACUGGUGCCUCCAAAACGAUUGCCUGGAAGUUGAACCUCGCGAUUCCAGGUGCCAAGCCGGAAAUUAUUACGAACACAAAGCCGGAUGAAAAAUAAAGCGAUGUGUUUUUUGUGUGUGUAUCUUCACAUCUUACAUUUUAUUACAUAAAAUUCAUUUUUCGAUUAUAUAUAUAAACCUUAUUUUAAAUAAAUUAUGCUAGUUGUAAGUCAAUAAAAGAUCACAUUAUAGUGCUGUGAAAAAUUGAUAGAUAGCAAUAUAAAAAUUAAGAAAAGAUACAAGUAUGUAGUCGAGAGAUUAGACGAUUUGCAAAAAUAUAUUAUGAUUCAUAAUAAA